AUGGAUCAGUGGGAGAAGCUUUACGUUCUUGGUGCUGGCUCUUACGGCAAAGUUUAUUAUGCAGUGAAGACAAAUCAUUUUUGGUUAGGUUUUUCUGUUGCUGAUAUGUACCGUUUUAUUUCACUCCAACAAGAAGCAGAAAUCUUGACAACCCUCAAGGUUCUCCUUACGUACGUGGUUCAAUUCAUUGGAGCAGACGUUAGCAUCGACAAUGGUAAUAUUCCAACUUACAAUCUGUUUCUUGAAUAUGCAUCUGGUGGAUCGCUGCACGAUUUGAUCAUUAAUUCGAAAAUGAGAAGGAUACAGAUGUCUGAAGUGGAAGUAGGUUUCUAUGCAUAUCAACUCUUAAAGGGUAUUCAACACGUUCAUGAGAAAGGGUGGGUUCAUUGUGAUAUUAAACCUGCUAAUAUUUUGAUUUUCGACAAUGCUGAACGUGGUGGGAUGUACAAGUUGGAUUGUCGUUGA